AUGAAGCUGCCAACCAAUGGGGUAGCGGCAAUCUACCUUUUGCUGCACUGCGUGUCAGGAUCGGUGCUGAAAUCUUCCGCCCUCCAAGCAAGCGGUCCGUUUAUGAGUUUGCCGCGUAACUUCUGGCAGGAAAUAUCCGUACCCUACACCGAUCUGCCCAACGACGACGAUGAGCAGGAGGAUGAGUCGGUCGAAAGCACUACGCACGAUCCGUACCCGUUCUUCGACGAUGCUAACAUGAUCGCGAACGUGACCACCCAGCUGGGCAGUGAUGUGUAUCUGCACUGUCGUGUGAACGAUCUGCGCGAGCGAACGGUGUCGUGGGUACGGCGGAAGGGAGACGAGAUUCAUCUGAUCACCGUUGGCCGUCAGACGUACAGUAGCGACUCGCGUUACUCCCUCCAGUUCCAGCCACCGAACGAUUGGCAGCUGCUGAUUCAAUACUCGAAUGAACGCGACGAGGGCCACUAUGAGUGUCAAAUCUCGUCCUAUCCACCGCUGGUCUAUCUCGUGUACUUGAUCGUUGUCGUACCUCGGGUGGAGAUUAUAGACGAGAGGGGUCAGGCUACGCUGGACAAGUUCUACAAACCGGGCAGUACGAUCGAGCUGAAGUGCAUCAUUAGCCGAGUGCCACAACCGACGAGCUACGUCACGUGGAAGCAUGGCAUGCGUAUGCUCAACUACGACACAAGCCGUGGUGGAAUCAGUGUAAAAACCGAUCUACUUCCUGGUGGUGCGAUGAGUCGACUCUACAUUGCCAACGCCAAUCGUUACGACACGGGAAACUACACUUGCGCCCUGGCCGACAUUGCACAGGCGAUGGUAUCGGUCCACGUGUUAAAUGGAGAAAAUCCGGCCGCUAUGCAGCAUGGCACUGGACCACAACCGCAAUCGAUGGUGUGCCUGGUCGUGUUCGUCCAGCUGGCGCUGAUCGGGCUCUGCUGUGUCCGGUGA